GAGGUUUACUCGAAUUUCUUUUCCUGCAAAACUUCUGCGAAAAGCUUUACUGUGCGUUUCCUGUUCGUGAACUGCGGCAUCAACUGGGGACCUCUACAUCAAGCCUUUCGAAACCAAAAUCAGAGUUUGAGAAAAUGUAGUCAGAAAGAACACAAAGUAUAGUAGGGAGUGAGGUGAUGCCUCUGGACUAUGGGAGCAUGGACUCAGAGAGUAGUCCUUCUCUUUCUAGUUCGGAGAAAACGGUGGAGGGGGUGAGAGGGGAUGAGGUGAUAGAGGUAGGGGAGGAAGAGGUAGUAGAGGUUGGGGGUAAUGAGGUGGUAGGGGUUGGAAGAGUGGAAAAUUACAAGAUCUCUUCUCGAGUGCUGGUUAGGCCAGCUGGGGUAGAGGAAAGAGCGUGUUCUGCUCCUCAGGACCAUUGGAUGCCCAUAUAUUCUCACUAUCUAAUGGCGGGAUUGAGGUUUCCAAUUCCUGAGUUGCUGGUAGGAUUGUUAUUGGAUUACAAUAUAGGGUUGACACAAUUAGUCCCCAAUGCGGGGGGUAGUAGGAGGGAUAAGGGGUGGUAUUAUUUUACCCCAAGGGUAGCCAAUAGGGAGAGUAGGUCUUUAUUCACAACGGGUCCUUCAUCCAUUAAAGGAUGGAAGGAAAAAUUCUUUUUUGCGGAUGAUACGGAGUGGGGGAGAAGAGAUGCCGAGGUGAGGAAGCUAGCCUCCUGGAAGGCUAAAAGGGUCAACCAGAAUAGGUUUAGUUUGAAUGAGGAUGAGGAGGAAGAAGUGAGGAGGUUGGUGAGGAAGAGGGGGGAUUUACUUAACAUAAUGGACCUCACCAGCGCACAAUGCAUAGAAGCUGCUGAGCUCUAUGGGCCAAGCGCUUUGAGUGAAGCUGAAAUGGACCAGUUUUUAAACACUGUUGGAGGAGCGGCCAUCCCCAAGAAGCCAAGGAAGAAGUCAAAGACUUCAACCAAGCAAGUGGAUGAGGGGAGGGCGAGGAAGGAGGUAGUGCCCACGACUUCAGCUGAGGCGGAGGAAGAGGUGCCACAGUUGAAGAGGAAGGGGUGGGAGGAGAAGAGGGUACUGCAGAAGAAGCAGAAGGUGAUGGAGGAGGAGACGGGGAAUGAGGUCCCUCUGUUCAUACCUUGGCCUUCUCUUGUUAAGCUGGACCCUGAGCUCAGACAGUUGGAAGAGGGGGCGGAGGUACGAGCUCCUGUGGACAGAUGCAACGCGUGGGAGGAAGCUCUGAGGUAUGGUGGAGCGUCCAUGGUGAAGCACGUUCUAGAGAGCGCGAGCUGGGUGAAUGGUCUAGCCCAGGAAUUGAGGGAGAGCCUGAAGGAGCGCUCACUCUUGCAGAGGCAAUGUGACCAGCUGCAGAAGGAGAAGGAGGAGUUGGAGAAGAGAAACAAAGAACUGCAAGAGUCGCUGAACGAGGUGGUUCCAACUGUGAAGCAAUUGGAGCAGGAGAAGGCUUCCCUUAGCACCAAGCUCAUCUUUGAGGAGAGCAAACGAAGGAUCUCUGAAAGCGAGCGUGAAGCUGAAGCGCAAGAACUAAAGCUGACGAAGGAGGCUUUCUUGGAGCUGAAGGAGAAUGUGCAGACCUUGGUGCAUAAUGGAAUGAAGGAGCACAUCAGCAACUUCAUCAGCUCCAGCUCGUUUGACAACAUCAUCAACUUAUAUCGGCUGCCCACUGCCAUCAUUGCAUUCACGGACUGUAGGAAGAAGGUGAAGGCAGAAUAUCCCAAAGUGGAUAUUACGAAGAUCACCUUCGGAGAGCAAGAAGAAGGAGUGGAGGAAGACGGUGAAAGCAUGUCAACAGACUUCCGUCCUCAGAUCAAACUGAGGUGGGAGCAUGAUGCAAACGGACGUGCUGUUUUCCCUCCACAGUUCGACUUCGAGUUCGUUGCAGUGGGGGAAGAAGGGGCAGAGGUAGAGGAAGACGAGAUGGAGGCAGGAGUGGAGGGAGCUGAAGUGGAUGAGAGCCAACCAGUUCCAGAAGUGGAGAUUCAUCCAGUUCCCUCCGACGAUGAGCAGCCUCCUCUUCCAGACGAGCAGCAGCCAACACAACCACCUUCUCCAGCUGAGCAGGAGCUAGUGGAGCCACCUCUCCCAGCAGAGAAAUAAUUUUAUUCUUUAAUUUUUUGUAAAAACAUUUAGACAGUUUGUAACACUGUUAUUUUGUUAAAUGAAAUUAUAUGUUUGUUUAUGUUUGGUUUAUAUUUUUGUUAUUUUUUAUUAAUAGAAGAAUGAGAGUACU